AUGAACAAUUUAAUCCUCUUCAUUACUUCAUCUUUAGGGAGUCCUGUGAGUUACAAUGUGGUCAGCUUAGGAGCUAAACUCGAUGCCAAAACUGACUCAACACAAGCCUUUCUUGAUGCAUGGACUAAAGCCUGUGGCUCCACUGAGGCCGCCACCGUUUAUGUGCCACAAGGGAGGUUCUUGCUAGGCAAAGUUGAGUUUAAAGGCCAAUGCAAGAACAAUGAUAUUACCUUACGUAUUGAUGGCACUCUUGUGGCUCCAGCAGAUUAUAACGUUAUUGGAAAUGCUGAUAACUGGUUAGUCUUUGAGCAUGUUAAUGGAGUUUCCAUUAAUGGUGGCACUCUUGAUGGCCAAGGUGCUGGCUUGUGGACUUGUAUAAAGACAGGCGAAAGGUGCCCCAGUGGCGCCACGACGCUAGAGUUUACCAACUCCAAUAAUAUUAUGAGAAAUGGAUUAACAUCGUUAAAUAGCCAGAAGUUUCAUAUUGUUAUCAACGAAUGCAACAAUGUGAAAGCACAAGGGGUUAAGAUUUCAGCCUCAGGCGAUAGUCCUAACACCGAUGGAAUUCAUGUGCAAUCAUCGAGCAGCGUCACAAUCUUGAACUCCAGGAUUGGCACUGGUGAUGAUUGUGUGUCGAUUGGCCCUGGUACUACCAAUUUGUGGAUUGAGAAUGUUGCAUGUGGCCCUGGCCAUGGGAUCAGCAUUGGUAGUCUUGGCAAGGAACAAGAAGAGGCUGGAGUACAAAAUGUGACAGCAAAAACUGUUACAUUUUCAGGCACUCAAAAUGGCGUUAGGAUAAAAUCUUGGGGGAGACCUAGCAGUGGUUUUGCUAGGAACAUUCUUUUUCAACAUGCCACCAUGAACAAUGUCCAGAAUCCUAUCGUUAUCGAUCAAAAUUACUGCCCUGACAACAAAAGUUGCCCUGGCAGGGCUUCACGGGUGAAAAUAAAUGAUGUGACAUACCAAGAUAUUCAUGGAACAUCAGCAACCAAAGUUGCGGUGAAGUUUGAUUGCAGCCUGGAGAAUCCAUGUUCUGGGAUAAGCUUGGAAGAUGUAAAGCUCACUUAUAAGAAUGAACCAGCUGAAGCUUCAUGUAGCCAUGCUGAUGGAUCUUCUUCUGGUUUUAUUCAGCCCAAUAAUUGUUUGGUGUAG